AAUCCGCUCGCGGUGCGGGCGUUUCUCUCUUGCUCUCUCUCCGUCUCUUUUUUUUUUCCUCUCCCCUUUUCGAGCGAGUCCCGAUAAGGAGAGCUCGCGCACGGUUUUCCUCGGCCGACUCGCUUAAAUGUGAUCGCGAGAGGGAAAAUUUCCGUUGCUUUCUCCGUGCAUUAGACGCGGACACGAGUUGCUCGACAUGGAAUCGUCAGACGGUAUAGACAAGUCAUGGGAUUAUCCUUGGACCACGGAAGAGAUGAGGAUGAAGAGGAGGGAGUGGAGUCUGGCGGGUGAUGUCGGCCUUCUCAAACAUCUUCAACAAUUUUCUGAGAAUCUGAUGUCUAGAACCAACAAAACUCAAGCUGCUUUAGACAUGUUAACGACACAAUUAAAAGAAACAGAGAUAUUAGUGGAUAAUGUUACUAAUACUUCUUUGGCACUAGCCAAUACUCAAUUUAUUGAAAGUCGUGUUCAAGAGGAUGACAUAGAAAUUAAGGAAAAUUCUGAGAAGCAAGAAAAGAUAAAGACUCAGGAUUUAGUACCAGAGAAUCUCCUAGCCAGCAUAAGCGAGAGUGUUAAGCAAGGUUUAAAUAUAAUGGAUGAAAAGUACAAAGUAAUGGAUGUAGCUUGUAGCGACAGCGAAGAGGAAGAUGAAGGCGGUGCAGUAAUGUUCAGUGUCAUUGUUGAACCCAAUGAUCCCUAUCAAGAUCGACCGUUACCGUAUGUUAUUGGAUCUGACAAAUGGACGGCAUCGAAUAAAAUAGGUUUGGAGAGCAGCAGCAGCGAAUCCGAACAAGCCGACGAAGAAAGGGACGAAUCAGAAAGCGAAAAGGAGGACGCGAGUAUGCAAAAGAUGUUUAACAGCCGACAUAAUCCGGAUAUAAAUAUAGCAAGAUUGUCAUCGUCCUCUAGCGAUUCGGACAACUAUAAUGAUUCAAAUAAUGCACCUUACAUGAACAACAAGGCGGAUAUAAUUUCUCAGAAUAAUAUAAAUUCUGCUUCGGAAUCUGUUACACCUAACAAUGUAUCAAAGACGUCAAACGAAACGGAGCCUAAUUUUGCAGAAGAGUUGGCCAAACGAUUAGGUACUGUUCGCCAAGCACAGAAUCCUAUUGUUGUGGAUGAGGCCAGUGAAUCGUCAAUCAAUCGAUUUAAAGGUGAUUUAUUUGCGUCGGAGAAGGAUGAAAAUAUAUUUAACGAUAAUUCAGAUAAUUUGUUCAACGACAAGAAGGAUUUUUUUAAUGAUGAGGUAUCUGCAAACCUGUGGAAGAAGAAACCAAUCAAAUCUUACAAGAGCAACAAUAUUAUACCACCUAGUAUUGAUGUACCGCCACCGAUUAAUAUAGUUUCAACGAAGCCAAAAUCGGCGAUCGACGAUCUGUUUGCCGAUGCCGAUUCAGACGAUGACUCGGACAUCUUUUCGUCAAGGAACAUCGUCAAGAAACGCGCGAAAGAACCCACCAUCGAUGAUAAUAUUCGUCCUCCAGCCAAGAAAUUCUUGAACGUCAUGGGGACUACCGGUAAAGUCGCCACUAGCACACCAGAAUCCAAUAUCAACGCAGAAUCAAUGUCAUCCUCGGGCUUGUUCAACGAUGAUGAAAACGAUGAUGCGAAUCUCUUUGGAAUUCCCAAGAAGCAAUCUCAUAAAACUGCGGGUACGCCAUCUUCUACAAAUACGAUUCAGGAAUCGAAUAAAAAGGAAUCGGUGCUCGGCAAUAUUUCGUCAUCGGACGUCGAGAGCAAACUGUCGAGUCAGAUAAUGCAACGACGGCGGGAAUCAUCCGGCUCGUCGUCCGAUAGCGACGCGCCCGGAAACUAUGACGAUGUGACAAAAAGCAAUGCCGAGUUAGCGUCUGCGGAGAGAGACAAUAGCGACGCGGAUUGCCGUUUGCAAAUCACGCCGGCCGAAAAUUCCGCGGAGAACGUAUUGGCCGAAAACACCAACAACAGCAGCGGAAUAUAUACGCCGUCCAUCAAUCAUAUAGUUGAAUCCAGCUUGUGGAUGAGCCUUGGAUCACCGGAGAUGACCUCGACGAGGCUGAAAUCCGAGGAGAUCUAUCGCGAGCGCGUUACCAGCGAUAGCCUCUUCACGGCGCAAACACUUUCUGCCAACCCGGCGAGCGCUAACAACAACAGCAAUAACCAGCAGCAACAGCAAUCGCGACAGGAGCAGCAUAAUAGCUUGUCGUUGCUACAGGACGACGUGUUCGAGAACGACGACCUCUUCGGGCCACCGCCGUUGCCCACCAAGUCGGACUCAAAGCGAGCUCCAAAAUCCAAGACCUCGCUGCUCUUCGACGAUUCCGAUUCCGGCGACGAGCUCUUUUCCGCCGCGAGCUCCGGCUCCAGGUCGCAAAAGAGCACGGACUUUCUCGCCGCGGUAUCGUCAAGCGAGAAAACGACCAAGGUACUCUCGAAAAGUGGCGGUCUGUUCGACGACGAUAACAUAUUCGACAGCAAAGACGCGCCGGACAUCGAUAUAUUUGGCGUGGCCAAAUCGAAAUCGAGGGACACCUCGGACGAUUUGUUCGAUAGUCGCGGCCGGGAACAAUAUUCAGUAACGUCGAAGAGCAAUAACAUCGAUAAUUCCCAAGACACGAAGAUGGAGUCGAAGAGGAUCAGUCUUUUUGACGACGACGGCGACGACGGCGAUUUGUUCACCAGCGCAAAAUCGAUAAAAUCGAAGAGCGACCGUAAGACUGAUGUCCUCUUCGAGGACGAAGAUGAUUUGUUUUCGUCGAAUAAUAAGUCGAGCAACAAGAAACAUUCCUCGUUCGAGGAAGGCGCAUCAGUUGAACCAAAGAUCGACGUCUCCAAAAAUACUUCUAGUCUGGAAACUGAGAAGAGAAAUAGAGACAAUUCUGCUUCGGAUUACAUGGAUGGGCUGUUUUCGAAGGCGACGAAAACCCGUAGCCUCCUAUUCGAGAACGAUGAUUACGACGAUCUCUUCGGCAAAAAGAACUCAGGGCCGAUUUACGAGGACGAGCGAUCGAAACCUGAAAGAAGAAAUAAAAAAGAAGAAAUAAAAAAGGAUAUCAUCGAGAAGGAACUUUCUGAGCAAAACAAAGAUUCGGAAUCUUCAAGCUUAAGUCGUGACAGCAAGGCGAUUACGGAAAUCAAAAGUGUCAUUGCAAAGAGUGAUAUAAGCGAAGAAAAGCAUAAAGAUGAUGUCGCAGGGACGAUCUCCAAAGCUGAGGAAGAUGGCAGGACAAAGAAGAGCUCACCGCCGAAAACACUGAGCAUUCGGACGACUUCUUCGCCGUCAUCUGAAGAACAAAACGGCCAGCAGGUUCCCCGAAAAUCGGUGUCGGGUAAGAUAAAGAAUCUAAUGGGUAAAAUGGGCGACUUGAAGAUACUCUCACCGAUGGAUGCACCACCAUUAUGGAGGAAGAGCGAGGAUAAAAUGGACGAUGACGAAAACAUCAUGGAUAAAGACGGUGAUCAGGGCAUCGAUGGAUGUAUUUCGCCUCCUAGUGUGUCGGAAGGUAGCAUCUACAAAGAAUUUUCUUAUUCCACGACAAUCUCUACUACUAGUAACGUGGAAGUUGCUAUAAAUUUCGACGAUCUAGCUCAAGUAGAAACAUUGUCUACUACUGCAUCCAAGAGCCGAGUAAGAAUUCAAGCGAAACGCCGUCCUCAGAGCCGACAUGCCCGAAAGUCCGCACUGCGACACAGCGGCAUUGAUUUCGAUACAGUCGACAGCGCGGACAACGAUAAUUCUUUGGACGAAAGCCACACUAACACCUUUUCGUCCACCAAAGAUUUAUCUUCCGCUCCGUCGAUCAGCGCAGCUGAUCGUUUGACUGCCAAUAACGUUCAACGUUCGACAGUCGACCCUUCGUCCACGGAUGACAAGUCCGAGCUAGGUAGCAUCAGCAAGGAGAGCUCGAUGAGCGUGAACAAGAACACUCUAUUGUCGCCAUCGACCGACGAAGAAGAUCUCUUUGACGUGCCGCCAGAUCUGCCGGAGGAUCCUCAAAGAGAGGAUACAUUGUUCGGUAGGGCACCGAUACUUUCACCGAUUGACGAUGGAACACCCAUUGUUAUCAAACCCCUAAUCGAUACUGUGAUCAGAAAGAUCGACGAUAUCGAUGCAGCGAAUAACAAAAGUCCUAAACAAGAUUCUUCCGAAUUAAUGCGAUCAGAUGUCGAUGCUCAGGAUACUUCGGAUAUCUUAAAGGAUGUCGAGAAGAAGGACGAUAAGCGUUCGGUCAACGAGGAGAGAAAAAUGACUGGAAAGUCUAGCGAAGAGCCGAGCGAUCCUCUGCGUGACAAUAGCCACGAUCCACUCAAGGAUCCUAGUCAGUUGUUCGCAUUCGUCACAAAGACGCCAUCGCCGGAGAAAAACAGAGGACUGCUGUUUUCCGAAUCGGAUGAUAGUCUGUUCUCUCCCAGUGCGGCAAACAAGUUAAGCGAGCCGAGGAAGAAGGUCUUGGAUCUAUUCGCGGACGAUGACGCGGGCGGUGAUUUAUUUUCCGCGGCACCGCUGAAGAAAACGGUGAAGAAACCGCUGCGGGACACAAAGAUCGCUCUCUUCGGCGACGACGAUGAUGUACAGAACAAGGACGACAAUCUUUUCGGCAGCGCGUUCAGCAAAACGAAGCAGGAAAAGUCGAAUUCUGUUCAGGCUGGACGAAAGAGGAACAACAUUUUCGACGAUGACGACGACGAGGAUUCCAGUCUGUUCGUCGAAUCGUCCGGCCAGUCGCAGAAAUCAGAUAGCACGUCGUUUUCGGAGUUCAAACACGAGCUCGGCGAUUCUCAAGCCAAGAACUCGAACUUGAAGGAUAUCUUCGGUGAUGUGGCGAGCAGCAGCUUUCCUACUGGCGGGAAGAUUGACAAUGAUGAGAAUGAUAUCGAUCUUUUCGCCGCUAGGAAAGUUGUUCCCAAGAAAGUCAAGUCCCUGUUUGCGUCGGAUGACGAGAACGACGACGACGACGAUCGUAUCUUCGGCAAGCAACCGUCCGUGUCGAUAGACUCGAGGACGAAUGCGACAACAAUCGCGCCGAAUUCAAGACCGACCAUGAAAAAAUCGAUCACCAGGGAUCUGAAGAAAACGGCGGAGAAGAUUGUCGAGGAUCCACUCAGUCUUCUUCAAGAUGACUAAAAUAUAAUUCUUCGAUACAAAUACCUGUGAGAUUUUCUAUAUGCUCGGCCACAAAAGUAUAUAUAUAUGUAAAAAAACUGAAGGAAAGGAUAAUGAAAUAUGGAUUAAUAUAUCAAUUGUACAAAAAGCUUGCAAGCCUCUUGUCUUGAUUAGUCUUUACGCAUCUUGCUACGCUUUGUAUUUAAUGAAUUAUAUUUGAGGAAUAGACUUUAAGUGUAUUUCUUCAAAGCAGUCAUUAUCACAUGUGUAAUUACUUGCCAUUUAUUUGAUUAAACACUUAAUUUAUAUUAAUUUAUCUGAAAUUUUUU